AUGGCUGCCGAAGAUAAUCCUCUUCUAAGUGCAAGCCGGAAAUUGUCUGCCUCAGGAGCAACCCUCUAUCAUAUUCUUGGUGUUCCAAAAGGUGCAGAUGAAGAUGACAUAAAACGGGCAUAUCGGAAGGCAGCUCUCCGCUUUCAUCCUGACAAAAACCCAAAUAAUCCUGCCGCUGCUGAUAUCUUCAAAGAUGUGAAUAGGGCUUAUCAGUCCUUGAUGGAUCCGGUGAAGCGGAGCAUCUAUGAUAAAUACGGAAGCUUGGGGCUUUCAAUUGCUGAACAAGUGGGAGAGGACAACGUGAAUACUUAUUUUAUGCUUUCAAGCAAAUGGUGUAAAGCUCUUUUCUUCUUCUGUUGUGCCAUCACUGGAUGUUACUUCUGUUGUUGCUGCUGUUUCUGCUGCAAUUUCUGCUUUGGAAAAUUUAAACCCCAAACUCACGAGCCAGAAGUUCCAGAAGAAAUCAAUUUGCGUGAUGAAGAUUUUGCGGAUCUGGCCGACCCAAUGCAUCAGGCCGCGCCUGCGUACAAUCCUGAUGCAAUGCGUCAGGCUCAAUUCAAUUCCUCAUGUGCACCAACUGAGAGAUCUAUGCCACUGCCAACAGGGGUUGUCAUCACUCAGCAACCACCCAGCACGCAUUCGGGCUACUAA